AUGGGGGGGAUGCUGGCGCUGCCCCCGGGGCAGGGACCCCACCAGGUGGGCUGCACGGAUGUCAUGGUGGGGCACACGCCGCAGGGGCUCUUCCUCCGCCUCUUCUACCCGUGCCUGCCCCGGGCAGGGGCCGUGGAGCCGCUCUGGAUCCCUCGCCCCGAGUACUGCGGGGGCCUGGCUGAUGUCACCCUCGGCCGCCGCUGGUGCUCGACCCUGCUCAGCAUCGCCGUCGGCUCCUGCAGAGUCCCAGUGAGCUGGAACGGGCCUCUCAAGCCCUGCAGCAGUGGGUACCCCCUGAUCAUCUUCUCCCACGGCCUGGGAGCCUUUCGGACCUUGUACUCUUCAAUCUGCACAGAAUUGGCCUCCUGGGGCUUCGUGGUGGCAGCGCUGGAGCACAGGGACCAUUCUGCUGCCACCACCUAUUUCUGCACAGCCCAGGCUGGGACGGAGGAGUGGAUCCCCUUCCAGCGGGUGCCCCAAGGGCAGAAGGAGUUUUAUUUCCGAAAUAAACAGGUUCACCAGAGAGCUCAGGAAUGCGUGCGGGCACUGCGGCUCCUCCAGGGCAUCGCCGGCGCCAGCAGCGACCGGGACAUCGCUCAGCAGGGCUGGGAUCUGUCCGUGCUGAAGGACAACCUUGAUCUGACCAAAGUGGCCAUCAUGGGCCAUUCCUUCGGGGGGGUGACAGCGGUGCUGGCCUUGGUGAAGGAGCCCAGCUUCAGGUGUGCCGUGGCUCUGGAUGCCUGGAUGUUCCCUCUGGAGAACCUGCUGUACCCGGAGGUGCCCAAGCCUGUGCUCUUCAUCAACACCGAAAAGUUCCAGACUCCGGAGAGCGUUGCCAAAAUGAAGAGGCUGAGCUCCAGGAACAGCCAGACGAGGAUUGUGACCAUGCUGGGAACCGUGCACGAGGACCAGACCGACUUUGCCUUCCUCCCUGGGAAGCUUUUCAGCCGCAUCUUUGGCAGGAGAGGCACCCUGGACCCCCACAAGGCUCUGGCCAUCACCAGCCGGGCAGCUCUGGCCUUCCUGCAGAGGCACCUGAAGCUGCAGGAGGAGUUUGGCCAGUGGGACGAGCUCCUGGAAGGUGUUGGGGACUCGGUGGUUCCAGGUGUCCCUUUCAGCCCCUCUCGCCUGUAGCUGCUCCGAGGGCACUGCUGCCAGCUGGGCUCUGGGAAAGUGACUCCUGCUUGCCCGGAAUGGAGGAGCCAGGCAGGGCAGGAAGACCCCUGAGGAAAGCAGGACCUGGGGACAGUGCUGGUGGCCACCGAGGUGCUCUGUGAAUGUGCCAGGAGAGCCCUCCCUGCUCGUGUGCCUGCCCUCAGGGCUGUGGGACUGGGGGAAUAAAAUCCUCAGGGAUAAAGACUGA